AUGUUUUACCGGAUUGUCACUUGUUCAUUUGUGUUAAUGUUCACCUGUCGCGCAGUGGAUAACUUCUCUGGGCCCUCACUCCGAGACAUUGAUGACGGAACAGCGGGAAGUCUUAUGCCAGAGGCUACAAAUAGUUUGAACUCUCCUUAUCAUCUGGCAGUUGGUACCUCCACAAAUGAAGUAGAAUGCCACCUCAACGAAAAAGGUUCCCGGGUCGAUCUUAUGUUUUCGGCUCCACCAAACUAUCUCGAAAAACAAAAACAGGGGUACAAUUCUCGCGAAACGAUAGAGCCCAAGUUAAACAAGGGUAAUUAUCAUGGACGUGAUCCCAUUGCAACUUUCGAGAUGACUUCAAAAUCAAGUAACAAAUUUCAGAAGAGCUCAGAUUACGCGAAAUCUAAGUCUUCAACAGCCUAUCUCAAGAAACUGCCACAAAGAGUGCCUCAAAGAUUCUAG